CGUAAAAGCGGUAGUGGGGGUGAGGCAAGAAGUGGAAACGAACGACACCCCCCACUCUUGCGCUUCAUCCUCUCUGUUGCUCUACAUAGUCGGUUUCAAUUCGUGACUGCGCAUGUCAACGUUGAACGUAUUUUGUUUCUGUUUGAUUGAAUUUUGAACUAAACGUAAACCGUGUAAAAAUUUAAUCCGAUUUACGAUGCCCAAGCGAGUGUGCUGUGUUCGAAAUUGUGAUUUCAAUCCUGGAGAUAAAGAAAAUCGAAAAACAAUAUUCCAAUUUUGUGAGAAAUCUCCAUACUUCAAAACAUGGAUGAAUGCGAUUGGACCAAACUUGAGAGAUGGAAAGAAAACUCGCAAAAAUUAUUACAUUUGCGAACGACAUUUUGAUGACGGUAAUUUACAUCGAAUUCCUAUGAAUAUAUUAAAGGAUGGAAAAGAGGUGACCCUGUUACGUAGACGCCCAAUGUUAAAAUCGACAAGUGUCCCAUACAUUUUUCCAGGUUCAAGGCUUAUAGAUUCAAAUAAUCUUGAAAGCUCCUCGAUUAUAGAUUCAAAUAAUCUUGAAAGCUCCUCGAUUAUAGAUUCAAAUAAUCUUGAAAGCUCCUCGAUUAUAGAUUCAAAUAAUCUUCUAAUGGAAUGCACUUUAGAAAAUAUUUUUAACACAACGGUUUUACUAAAGGAAUGGAAUGCAAGACCUUCUUAUGAAUCCAUGGGGUCAUGGGGUGUGACAAAAACAACGUGUGGAUUACUUUUCAUACUUUUAGAAAGCACUUCAGAACAAUGUAGCAAUACAGUACAGCGUUCUUUACUUGUAAAGAAUGACAUGACUAUCGAGUUACAUGCUUAUAAUCAUCCUGUCACUUAUCAUCUUUUGGAAAAGAUGACGUGUCUACAAGAUAUUUAUUUUUUAUUACGAAAAAUAAGUGCAAUGAAAAUGUGUCAAGAAGAGUCCUGCACUAUUGGAUGA